AAAUGUUUCUGUGGCGUUUCUAACGUUAGUCAGCUGAUGAUGGUUGAGUCUCUGAACAGCAGCUCAGUGGCUAAUUACGCACAAUGAUGAACGGAAAGACAAUAAUAGUGACCGGUGCUAACAGCGGGAUAGGGAAAGCCACAGCAGCGGGCAUUGUGAAGCUCCAGGGCCGUGUGAUAAUGGCCUGCCGGGACCUUCGCAGGGCUGAGGAAGCAGCCCGGGAGAUCCUACAGGAGACUGGUUCGGACAGGUCACAGCUAAUCGUCAAACAGCUGGACCUCGCCUCGCUUACAUCUGUACACACGUUCUGUCGAGACAUAAUAAAGGAGGAACCUCGGUUAGACGUGCUGAUCAACAACGCCGGCGUCUACCAGUGUCCGUACGCCCAGACCGAGGACGGCUUUGAGAUGCAGUUCGGGGUCAAUCACCUGGGCCAUUUCCUGCUCACCCACCUGCUGCUGAACCUCCUGAAGCAAUCCGCUCCCAGUCGCGUGGUCGUGGUCUCCUCCAAACUCUACAAGCACGGUCACAUCAACUUUGAGGACUUGAACAGCGAGCAGAGCUACGACAAGGCCUUCGCCUACAGUCGCAGCAAGCUGGCCAACCUGCUGUUCACCCGCGAGCUGGCCCGUCGGCUGGAGGGCAGCGGAGUGGCCGUGAAUGCUCUGACUCCGGGCAUAGUGAGGACUAAUCUGGGCAGGCACGUCCACGUCCCAGUGUUAGCCAAGCCCCUGUUUGACCUGCUCUCCCGGGGUUUUUUUAAGAGCCCCGAAGAAGGAGCUCGGACCUCAGUCUAUUUGGCCUGCAGCCCAGAUGUGGAAGGUGUGCAGGGCAAGUGCUUUGCAGAUUGCAAGCCUCAGGUUCUGCUGGACAAAGCCACGGACGAGGAAGUGGCCCGUAAACUGUGGGACAUGAGUGAAAUCAUGGUGGGCAUAACCACGUGAGAUCUAAAAUGAAUUCUGCAUGUAUAACAGAGACGAGCGAAUUGUGUGAAUCCUGAACCGUUAUAAAUAUCCAGUGCCUUGCUCCGUACAGCAGUGUUUACGUUGGUUUCAAAGCACACUUGGUCACUAGGGCUGGGUACCGAAUUCAAUACCUUUUAGGCACCAACCAAAUUGCCUCUAAAGUAUUGAGUAGGGCUUCACAAUUAAUCGCAAUCUUAUCGAAAUCGCAAU